AUGGCGGAUUACAGAUCAAAAUCCUACAGCGGCGGAGAUAUGCAGAUAGAACCCUACUAUGGGUCCCGCACCACUGCCUGCCCCAACGAUUUCAGGUCGCACAGCGUUUCCUACGGUCCCUCCUACUACUCCGCCGCCGGCCCGCCGCCUCCGCCGCCGCCGAAGAAGCUGAGCAAAGGGAAGAGCACAAACGGGUCGGGUUCGAAUUCUUGGAGGCUCAGCGACCCGGAGUUUCAGAGGAAGAGACGUGUUGCGAGCUACAAAGUGUACAGUGUUGAGGGCAAAGUCAAAGGGUCUUUCAGGAAGAGUUUCAGGUGGCUUAAAGAUAGGUAUACUCAGGUGGUUUAUGGAUGGUGGUGA